AGUGUUCAUGAAACAAAAUGUUAUUAAACCGACAUACCACAAAAAUCUUAAAUUCAAUCAAAAAUUUUAGAUCUUACAGUUCAAAAAGAGGUGUCAUUCUUGGAAUUGAAACGUCUUGCGAUGAUACCGGCUGUGCCAUUGUGGAUACCGAUGGAAACAUUUUAGGUGAAGCUUUAAAUUCUCAGCAUUUAAUACAUCUAAAUAAUGGUGGGAUUAUACCUCCAAUAGCUCAGGAUCUGCACAGAAAAAACAUAGAAAAAGUAGUGACUAAAGCUAUACAAAAUGCAAAUAUUUCAUUUGCAGAUAUAGAUGCCAUAGCCACUACCGUAAAACCAGGAUUACCACUUUCUCUUCUAAUCGGUACCAAAUAUGGUAAACAUUUGUGUAGAAAGUAUAACAAACCAUUUAUGCCAAUUCAUCACAUGGAAGCCCACGCGCUCACCGCAAGAAUGCACGACAAAUCUAUAGAAUUCCCUUUUCUAGUUCUAUUAAUUAGUGGUGGACAUUGCUUACUUGUAGUAGCAGAAUCAGUAGACAAAUUUCUUUUAUUAGGAGAAACCAUAGACGAUGCUCCUGGUGAAACCUUCGAUAAAAUGGCAAGACGAAUGAAAUUAAAAAAUAUUCCUAAAUACUCAACAUUAUCGGGAGGACAAGCAAUCGAAUUAGCUGCUACCAAAGCCGAUAAUCCUUUAGCGUAUAAAUUUACAAUACCCCUAUUAAUGUACAAGAAUUGUAAUUUUAGCUUUGCGGGUAUAAAAAAUCAGCUUCUUCUUCAACUGCAGCGAGAAGAAAAAGAAAAAGAGGUUCCUGCUGAUGGAAUUAUACCGGGCGUUGACAACCUUUGUGCCAGUUUUCAGCUUGUUGUAACCAGACAUAUCUGUCAUAGAGUUCAAAGAGCGAUGGAAUACGUUUUUAUGAAAAAAUUGAUACCUCCCGAUAAACAAACUCUGGUAGUAUCAGGUGGAGCUGCCUGCAAUAAUUUUAUUGCAAAAGGAUUAUCUAUGGUAUGUGAUGAAGUAGGUUAUAAACUUGUGAGGCCGCCUCCAAAACUGUGUACAGAUAAUGGUGUCAUGAUAGCUUGGAACGGCGUUGAAAGAUGGAAAGAAAAUAUAGGUGUAUACAAAAAUUUUGAACACAUUGACAUUGAGAAGUCUGCACCAUUAGGAGAAAGUUUGAUAGAAGACGUAGAACGUGAACAAAUCAGUUGCACAUGGGUUAAAUUAACAAAGUUAAAUUAUCCACAAAUCACAAAUGUAGAGCAAAUUGUUGAAAAUAAAGUUGUUCAAUAAAUUACCCUUAUU